AUCGGGAGGAGAAGAGGGAGAUCUGAGCGGCACUGCGGCGGUGGCGGCGGCGGACAGCGGACAGCGGACAGCGGAGAGCGGUAGACUCCUAGACAGUGGGGAGGAAAGGUGAUCAUGGAAAAUCUUGAGGAAAAUACUGCUGUCCUUUCUAGCUUGAGGACUUUGAAAGACUUCAUUUCAAAACCAGAUGUGGAGGGUGGAUCUAGCCUGAAUGUGCAGUAUCAGCAGAGCAUGCAAUUGGAAGAAAGAGCUGAGCAGAUUCGUUCAAAGUCUCACCUUAUCCAGGUAGAACGGGAGAAGAUACAGAUGGAGUUGAGCCAUAAAAGGGCUAGAGUUGAACUUGAGAAGGCAGCAACAACUAAUGCCAGGAAUUAUGAGAGAGAAGCUGACCGCAACCAGGAGCUCCUGACCCGUAUCAAACAGCUUCACGAGAGACAAGUAGAAAUGGAGAAUAAAUUGAAGGAACAGGCUGAAAUCAACAGGUCUUGUAAACAGAAUCUGGACACUGCAAAUAAGAAGCUUCAGGAGAAAGAGAACAAGUUAGCUGAAGCUAAUGAGACCAUCAGUGAAUUAAAGGGGAAAAUUUCUGAGUUGCAGUGGAAUAUAAUGAACCAGGAGAUGCAAGUGAAGAAUUUGGAAUCCCAGAAGCAGGAGCUGAUGGAGCAGUUAGAUGUGCAGAACAAAAAAUGUCAGGAAACCAACCAGAGAGUCCAGGAGCUCCAAGCAAAUCAGUGUCUUAUUGUUGACAAUGAACAGAAAAUCAAAGAACUAGAGCAGAAGCUGUCUCUGCAGGAGCAGGAUGCUGCCAUUGUGAAGAACAUGAAGUCAGAACUUGUACGUUUCCCAAAGAUGGAGAGAGAAGUAAAACAACUAAGGGAGGAAAAUGCCUACCUGAGAGAAAUGAAAGAGAACAGUGGCUUGUUGAAAGAAGAAGUAGAAGGACUUCAGAGAAAACUGGAACGUCAUGAGAAGCUACAGGAAGAUAUGGUGGCCUUGGAAUUAGAGAAGGAGAAACUACUGGAAAAGCUGAAAAGUUGGGAAAGAAUGGACCAAAGUAUGGGCUUAAAUAUCAGGACCCCUGAAGAUCUCUCCAACUACAUUGUGGCUCUGCAACAGAGGGAGCUUGAAUUGACAGACAAAAGCACCAGCAUCACAAGCAGUGCUCGCAUAUUGGAAAAGAUGCGUCAGCAGCUACAAGAAGAUUUACUUAAGGUCCAGAGUCAACUGGUAGAGGAAAGGAAGAAGCGGGAGUACAACGAAGGCCUGGCUCGGCGUCUUCAGAAGCGAGUUUUCCUUUUGACAAAGGAGCGAGAUGUAAUGAGAUCUAUCUUGAACUCCUUUGAAAAUGAUCUGUCUCCAGCAGAGCACUCUCCCCAGUUGACCCUUCAAGUCCGUGAAGCUGAGGACAUGGUGCAGAAUUUGCAUGCUCAUUCUGCUGAGAUGGAGGUUCAACUAUCUCAAGCCCUAGAAGAAUUAGGGGAACAGAAAGGAAGAGCUGACAUGCUGGAGGUGGAGCUAAAAAUCUUGAAAUCUCAGACCGGUUCAGUUGAUCAGAUCUUGUUUGUGUCCAAUGAUGAGUUGAACGCCCUCAGGUUAAAGGUUGAGGAGCUGGUAACCGCACGAAAUAAGUUAGAAGAGGAGAAGAAAAAUCUUGAGAUGCAGCUUGAGCAAUUGACCCUCCAGGGUUACUAUGACCAGAGCAAAACAAAAGUAAUCCACUUGAGUAAGAAUCCAGCCAGCCUUGCCAAAGGACAACUCAAGAUGGAGCAGCAGCAGCUGCAGGAAGAGUGCCAGCAACUCCAGGAGCUGGUCCGGGUCCUAGAAGGAGGUGGCGCCAUUCCCAACAAAUUGGAAGGUGUUGGAUGUUUGCAGCCUUCACAGGAGAUUUCAGAUCUGAAGAAGCAAUUGGAAAGUGCUGAACUGAAAAAUCAACGCCUAAAGGAAGUUUUCCAGACCAAGAUCCAAGAAUUCCGUAAAGUCUGCUAUACCCUGACAGGCUACCGUAUAGACUUCACCACUGAGAACCAGUACCGUCUUACCUCUAUGUAUGCAGAGCACAAAUCAGACUGUCUCAUUUUUAAGGCCUCAAGUCCCUCAAGAACCAAGAUGCAACUUCUGGAGACAGAGUUCUCUCGCACCAUCCCUGAGCUCAUCGACCUCCACCUGCUGCAGCAGGACAGCAUCCCUGUGUUCCUCAGCUCAGUGACCCUUGACCUCUUCAGCCGCCAGACAAUCACCUAAGCCAGGCUGCCUUAUUGGGAUUCCAGUGCCUUAAGCAGAGUCCACGAGAGCUUGAAGCUACCCUUAUCCCCCCCCAAAGGUUUAAAGUAUCCCCCAUUUUCACAUUGCUUUGAUUGAAAAGGAUACGAAGAGAGCAGGUGACCUUGCUUUUUAGAUUCCAUUUGUCUCACCCCUCACUGAUGUCCCAAACAUCCUCUCCUGUCCCAUCUGACCUAAUCCUGUCACCUGGCUUUUGAUAUCUGUAGAUCACCAUCUGUCGCUUCCCCAGAUAUUACCACAGAGCAGUGCAUGCUGCUCUCUCCAGGGCCUCCUCUUUCCUGGGUUGUAUCCCUUAGUCCCCGCAGAUGGUGACAGCCCCAGAAACUCAUUGAUAGCAUCCAGGAGCCCAUUCCUCAGGGAGCCCCCAUUAGGGGCACCAGCAGCCCCCAAAAGUUAAACCACUUGUAAGAACUGAUCAACCUCGAGGAAGGUGACCUCAGGGCCUUAACUUUGUUUUCUUUGAGGUGACACCUUAUCAAGACCCUCAAAUCCAUUCCUUAUCCAUGGCUGUCUCCUCUUCUCACUUCAACGUGCCUUAUAGACCAAGCUUAGAUCUCACUGGACAUCUUAUCCUGUGUGGUCUUCAAGACAGACUCCUAGAAGUGAGAGGGGGCGGUUAAGGGGUCAAGUGAUUGCCAUGGGACCCUGUGGGCCUGCCCCCUGCCUUUCUUCCCCUCCCCCCAUAACUGCAGGCCCAUCCCCCCUUCCCCCCAGGACCUGCCUCCUCUAUCAGCACAGCUUGGGAAUCUGGGAAACAUUAUCUACUGAUGAGGCAUUUGUUUAUCUUUGCACAAUAAAGUUUCCUUCCACCUCCUAAAAAAAAAAAAAAGAUACAUCAGUGACUAUUUUCUGUAAAGAGGAUAAGCUAGAAUCCUUUUGUUAAAAUAGAAAAAAUAAGAAGAGUAAGUUGCAAAAGAUAUAGACUGCAAAGCAAGUGGCUCAUGGAUGGAACUCAAGGAAAAAGAGUUCCAAAGGAAUGUCAGGACAAAAUAAAGAGAGGACUUGAAGCCAGGAGGGUGAAGAUGGGUUCCUUUUUCUUUGGAACUUGGAGGGAGCACUUCCUAUGAGAUAUAACUGACCUCCCUUAGAGGAGCAGUUUUGACCCGACAGUUGAGGCCCUAUGGCCAGCUUUCCAGCUUCUGGAUCUAUACUUCCAUCUACUUCUACCUCUUUUGUUCCUGUUCUGCAGUUUAAGAUACACGUGUGUCCUGUGAGAAAAGCCAUCCUGAAGAUUGACUUGAUUCUGUGUUCAUAGAAAUCUACAACCUGAAGGCUAUGGGCCUAGGUUGACUCAGCCAUUCAGUCAAUCCUUAUCCAAUAAACUUGAACUAUCCUAUUUUUACCAAAGACUGUUUUGAGAGUGGCAAAAGGGAGGGAAGCUAGAUUUAGGGAAUUUUAGGGUACAGAAGAACAGGUCAGGUUGCUAGAUAGCAGCAAGAACAGAAGGCAGAUUCCUGCGAAACUCUUA